UGUCAGGUAAAACCUGCGUCGGGUCGGGAAGCUGACGGGGGCGGAGUAAAUUGCUACCCCUGCUUUUGUUUGGCGGUCCAGCGAAGAUCAUCUUUUCCUUUGCCUUCUGUCUGCUCUCCGGCGUGAUCAAAUGGAAUCCGAAGCAUGGGAGGAGGGGCAAGUGGAAGAAGCUCUGCGAGUCCGCCAGUUCGAGAAUCCCCCUUCUCCCGAAGAUUUCUCUACCGAGAUCGAACCCACCAACGUGCCAGCGGUCAUUCAUGGCGCCGUUAAGGACUGGAAGGCCUUUUCCAAGUGGAACCCUUUUAAUGGAGGCCUCGAUUACUUGGAGGAGAAAGCAGGAUCUGCUGUCGUGGAGGCUAUGUAUUCCAAAUCUGCACCAGUUUUCUAUGGGAACCUUAGAAGCCAUGAACGGGUACCUAUACCAUUUUCUACCUUCAUUGCCUCCUGCAAACUCUAUCUUCAGAAAGUGAAUGUUGUCAGUACUUCCACUACGGUGACAGAAGAGUCUUCCUUGGAACCAUCAUAUUCAAAAGAAGUAUGCUCUACCUCCGUGGAUACUUCUGACCAAUUCUAUAUAGCACAGGUCCCCAUUUUGAACACUGAGAGCAAAGAAAGGUGUCAAUUGGAAAUUCUGAGAGAAGACAUUCAAAUGCCUGUAUUUAUAGGAAUGAAAACAUUGGCAUCUGUGAAUUUGUGGAUGAAUAGGACUCGAUCUAGAUCUAGUACUCACUAUGAUCCACACCAUAACCUACUUUGUGUGGUUGCUGGUUCCAAAGAAGUUGUUUUAUGGCCUCCUUCGGCAUGUCCAUUCUUAUACCCAAUGCCGAUAUAUGGAGAAGCUUCCAACCAUAGUGCUGUUGACAUAGAAAACCCUAACCUUUCAUUUCAUGGAAGAGCAAAACACUCCAAGCAGUAUUCCCAAAAGAUCAUUCUUCAUUCUGGUGAUGCUCUCUUUAUUCCUGAAGGAUGGUUUCAUCAAGUGGAUAGCAAUGAAUUGACCAUUGCAGUGAACUUUUGGUGGAAGUCAAAUAUGAUGUCUAGCAUGUUAGAACAUAUGGAUGGAUACUAUUUACGCCGGAUAUUGAGCAGAUUGGUCGACAAGGAGAUGAAUCAGAUGUUGCGCAACAGUAUGGUUCACAAUUUUAAAGGUACAGAAAAUCCUGCAGUCACUCGUGAAGGCUCAGAAGGUGACCAUGACUUUGAUUCCAAUCACCAGAAAGAGGGCUCAAAAGGGAUUUGUGGCAAGCAUGGUCUGUUGCAGCAGCUAGAACCCCAUGCACUUCGUCUGCUAUAUGAACUUUUAUCUUUGGUUCAUGACACUGUUAAAGCUAGUGGCCAAGAUCAAGCUGUGGAUUCCAAUUCUUUGAAAGAUCUAUCAGUCAAUUCAAGGGCUGAAUACAAGCAGAUUGCAACAGAUGGUUCUUGUCUUAUGGAAAAUGAUCCUGUUGCAAGCAUCUUUUUGGCUGUUGAACCCCUUUUACUACACAGAAUCCUACUAGUCCUGGUGCAUCACUUCCCAAGAUCAUUAGAGGCUCUCAUCCUGCACAUGCUUUCACCAACAGCAGCAGAAGUUCUUACACGGAAGUUUGAUGGGAUGGAUCAACAGACCACUAAAGAACAACAGGAUGAAUUUUACCAGCUAUUCUAUAGCAUAUUCGAUGAUCAGUAUGCUGCAAUGGAUUCAAUUUUGAAUGGAAAGGAGUUGUUUGCUUUUCAGGCAUUCAGGAACGUUCUAGAUCAAUAUCUUGGCGUAAGCAUUAACAAGCCCAAGUAGUUCAGUUUAAACUAACAAAUAAUGCAUCAGAAGAAAUGAAGCCAAUAGCGCGAUAAUUCUUGAGGACAUACUAUGUGCUGCAUGAAGUUCAAGAUGAUAUAUAUGACAACUGAUGUUAUGCACUCCAGAUGGAUGCAGAAUCUUGCUCUUAUUCAUGGGACUGGCUCGUCAGAGAACAUAACUGCAUCCCUGCCCUCCUUUGUCAGGGCUUACACAUAAUGGGGUUGUUUCAAAGUUCCAAUCUGCCGAACUGGGAUUAUAAAUAGAGGUACCGCAAGAACAAACUUUGAAAUGUAAGUGGACUUAUGAAUUCCCAGUAGGUUUGUAAUGUGAUUGGAGCUUCCUUCUCCAGACCAUAUUCUGUAAUUGAUGGAACUUGAGCAAGUACUAGCUCUUGGUCCGUUUUGUGGCUGUGGAGCUAAGGCAAAGAACUUUCGAAUAUCUUGUGCCACAAAAAAAAAAGAACUUUCGAAGAUCAUAUGCAGACUGGCAUGGAUUUUUGAUGAUUUGGUAUGAUUCAAACAAUUUUUCAUAAGGAAAAACAGUCAAAUUUAUGUGUUUGGAUGCAGCGACUCAAAUUCUAAAUAAAUAGAUCACCUAAUGAGAAAUUCUUCUAUUGCUCCUCUCA